GUGGUUGUUAAAGUGUCGCUCAGUUUGUGCGCUGGUCGCGGGCGUGGUGGCGUGCUGUGUCUCACGUUGACAGAUCGAGCGCUAGUGUGCAUUGCGCAUGCGGGGAACGCGUCAUCGCCUUUGUUUACAAACAACUUUACAUUAUCUGACCUGACCUUAAACAAUUUAAGAUUUUUUUAUUGAAAUCGGAGGAGAAUCACAACAUAAUCGGUGUCAAACGCCAACAUGUCUGUGAUAACAGAUUCCAUAGACCUGGAGAGAGAAUACUCUCCCAGCAGAUGGUCGACGAGGUUCGCGACCGCCGGAGAAGUUUUACAACAUCACGUGCAAUUUGUCAUAGCUGCGAGCGACAAAGCCACCAAUAAUGUGCCACAUAAAUUGGAAAUAGAAUACGGCUCUACUCCAGGACAAAAAUUGGACAUAUUGGGAACAGAUCUUCCAGACGAUUCUCCGAUCCUGGUAUACAUUCACGGUGGAUACUGGCAGGAGUUAUCCAGGGAGUUAUCGCGCUAUCCCGCUGAGCCGCUGCACCGCUCUCGCAUCAAGACCAUAGUGGUGGGAUACGAUCUUUGUCCCGCUUAUACACUGCCCGAGAUCGUACAUCAGAUAGAGAACGCUGCAAGAUUUGUAUUCGAGUAUGCAGAGAAAAUGGGUUCGAGAGGUGUGUACUUCGCGGGUCAUUCAGCGGGUGCACAUUUGGUCGCCAAAUUAUUGAGUAACGCUGACUUCUUUGAGAAUAAUCCUGGUGUUCAUCGUCUGCAAGGCGCUUUUCUUAUAUCUGGCGUAUACGAUCUUCGGGAACUCGUCCACACAUCGGUUAACGAUGCUGUACAACUUCCCGAAGAAUGGGCGGUACCUUUAUCACCGUUAUUCGAUUGUUUCACACAUCUACAAGCGAGAAGAACAAGAAUCUACAUCUUAGCUGCACAAAACGACAGUCCGACAUUUAAAAAGCAAUCUAGAGAGUUCUACGAGUUACUCCAUAAUACAUGUUUGAUGCAAAAUAUGUAUUUAGAAAUCAAAGAUGAUCUAGAUCAUUUCGACAUUGUCGAAUGUCUCGCUGAAAAUGAUAAUUAUCUUAAAAAUUUAAUGGUACAUGAUGUACGGAAACAUUUGUAAACUGUUUGAAUCCCACUGCUUUCCAAUAUAAUUAAGUUCAAUAUCCAUUAUGUAUAGUUUCUUAAAAGACAUAGGUUAGAA